AUGUACCACCACAGUGACGACGAAAACGAUUCGGUUGGCGAGCAACAGCAGCAGCAGCAGCAGCAGCAGCAGCAAUCGAUCGCACGGUCGAAGAAGCAGACGCACUUGAAGGCGAACGUGGCCGGUGAUCGAGUGUCGUGUGACAGUGGCAUCUCGGUUGAGGAUCCAGCACUAACAGCGACCUCCAGCGUGUCCUCGGUGACACGUCGCCCGAAGGACACCGGUGGUGGGUUGUCCCACGUUCGCCGGUUGAUGCAGCUGUUCGAGAACCUUUCGCACGAGGAGCUGCGCCAGGAACGUGCGCACGACCCAGAGGUCAUGUCCUCAACCGUGAUCGCACAUCAUCCACCCUGGGAGUUGCUGCGGGAGAUGUCGGAAGAAGGCCAACUACCCUCACCGGAAGUGUCCGAUCAACCAACGGUGGCUCUCUUGCGAGCUGUUCCGUGCCAGGUAGUGCAAUGCCCAGCAGAGCUGGUAGUGACCGAGGAAAGUGAAAAUCCGACCGCGGAAGUUGAAAACCACAGUGAGGUGGAAAUUGCACAAGACGCAUUAGCACCGUCCGAAAACGAAGCGGCCGAUCGCGUAAUGGCGCUGGGAGUGAGAUCGAGUGCGCGCGUGAGUCAGGGUGGUGUGGCCGGGGGCCGGAAAAGGCUCAGUCGCCGUCGAACGGCACAGCCGGACCCGUUGGUGGCCGCUGGUGGUGGUGCACGAGUGCUCAGCUACGGUAGUGAUAAGAUAGACGAAACCGACUAUUACGGGUACGACGACGACGAGUUCGAUACUAGCGAGGAUGAGCCGGAUGGUAUGGAGACGAACAAGGAGCAUCACACCAACGACGAAGAAGCUAGCGCAGGAAGCGUGCAGACAAACCGCUCUAACGCUUUUAACCAUGGCUCUACUACUGCUGCUGCUGCUGACGCUAUGUUUGAUGUUUCCAGCGAGGGUGAGUUUGGCGAAAGAGCACCUCUAAAGGCGACUGAAGACCUAGGCCCCAUCUCGGAGGCACACAACGUGCACGUUCCGGGGGUCACCGGCGAGUUCGGCGAUUCUGGAGCGCCAUACUACGGUGAAGAUGACGAGUUCAGCAGCAGUUCGUUCGACAGUGACUCAGACGAUGGAUACGCGGUGCGACCGGAUUCGGAUAGUUCCCUCAAAACGGCCCGCGUAACGAGCAUCCUGCAGGAACUGCUGGCAAACGAGGCGGCCUACGUGCAGACGCUUGGGCGCGGCAUCGAGAACUACGUCGGGUUUAUGGGCGGUAGGGACAUGCCACCGGGGCUACGCGGUCAGAAGUUCCACAUCUUCGGUAACAUCGAGAAGAUCCACAGCCUGCACCAGAACCAGUUCCUACCGAUGCUCGAAAGCAACCGGGCCAGCAUUGCCGGGAUCGCGGAAACGUUCAUUCGGUUUCUCGAGAGUGACAAGUUCUACUGCUACAUCAUGUUCGCGCUCAACCGACCAAAGUCGGAGCGGAUAUGCAACCGGAACCUGGACUUCUUUCAGCGCCGUCAGUUGGAGGUUGGCGAUAUGCUUGGACUGAACAGCUUCCUGCUGUCACCGAUCCAGCGGCUGCCUCGGUACAAGCUGCUGCUGGCCGAGAUCAACAAGGAGAUCCUCAAGCAGCUGGAGGACACACUGCUCGACUCGGUGAAGGACGAAAUCGCAACCCUUUGCAAGGCGGAAAAACGCCUCGAGCGGUUCAUCGACAUCGUGAACGAGGCGAUGAGCAUCAACGACAUACAGGAGUGCUACGAGGGACCUAACUGUGUGCAGACGGAGCUGAUGAAUCAAUACCUCGCGAUAAAUCUCUUCGGCCCAGGGCUAAACGCACCGAUGGUGCUGAUCCUGCGCACCCACAAGGAUCACAAUCCGGCCAAACGAAAACCCAUAAACCUCUUCAGCCAGGGCAAGUUCCGGAAGAUGUUCGAGGUGGACAUCUACGACUGGGAUCACCGGAGGCGCUAUCCGGCGAAGAUCUUCCUGUUCGAACGGAGCGCGAUCUACACGGAGAAGGUGAGGGACCAUCUCGAGUAUCGGGGCCGGUACGACGAGUCCGAGGUUGGCAUACACAACGAGAACCGCAACAAGGUGUACUUGUACGCGCGGAAGCGUGGCCUCCAGGAGAUCGAGGUGAUAUGCGGUGAUUUGAACGAAGCUCAGCGCCUCUCACAUCACGUCGAGCGCAUGAUGCAGGACUUUGCGGUGAAUGAGCGUGAUCGUGUCAACACCCUCGUGCGGCCCCGGAUACCUAGUGUGAUGACGCUUAAUCGGAGGUCCACCAUCACCAGCUCAACGUCCUCCAUCAGCACCGUCAACAGCAUGCGUGACAGUUACGAAUCGAGCUCGCAAACUACCUGGAGCACCGACAAGCCGAUCGCACAGCUGGCGACCAUGCAGAAAAAUUUCUGCCGCAUAAUGGCCGCAAACCGGCGGCACUACUUCAACGAGCUGCCGGUAGAGCUGGCAUCGAAAGUGGAUGAUUUCAUGCGCGCGUACGACCGCAUCUUGCAGGUGCACACAAAGCGGCUUUACACGGACUUGUCACGACCCGACACCACCAUCGACGAGGUGUGUGAAAUGUUCAUCGAAUACUUUAAGGAUGGCGUAUUCGAUGUGUACAACGAUUACAUUCGGCUCUUUAAACCAGCCGCGGAGGUGCUGAAAAACAUACACAAAGUGUCGCGCUCCAGUAUCAGCGACAGCAUGGUCGCCCAAACAAUGGAUGAGUUUACGUUCCUGUGCGUGCAGCACUGGAGCAAACUGGAGCACUUCUUUCAAGCGCUCGUCGUGCAAAUUGCGGACAAGCUAAACGCUGACAGCAUGGAAAACCAGGACCUAUUCCGGAAGCUCGCCUACAUCGAGGUGCAGGUUGCUGGCUUUCGUAAGCAGCUGUUUCAAAACUACCGGCUGUUUAACAUGGACGUGAAUGUUACCCCCGACAUGCUGGGACUGGUCGUCUACUCCGACCGCGUGAAGUACGACAACGAAACGAUUAGCUCCCACCGAGUGCUGCUCUGCGAUCGUGCGGUUGUUUGCGUGAAAUUCCGUUUCGCAAGGGAAUUCGGGCGGCAAACGGAAAAGUACACAGGGCUCGCCUUUGUCGAUCGUUUCAGCCGGAACAGGAAAGCUUCAAACGUACGCAUCAGCAAGAAGUCCGAGGUGCGCUUGAACGUGCUGCAAAACGAACUUAAACACGCGAUCGACUUCGGCAACACGGCCAACCGGGACAAGUUCUACGGCCAAUACAGCACCGUUUUCGCCCGUCAGACCCAAUAAGCAACCUCUGAGCGCAAGCGCUG